AUGUAUAUAUAGAGAGAGACACAAAGAUGCAAAUCUCACCUGCUCGCAAGAAUCAUUAAAAAAAACUAGUUGAUCUAAAAACCCUUAUUGAAGAUGAAAAACUUGCCACUGAUAUAUGUGUUGCUGCUAUCAGUUUUGUGCCUGGCGGAAGCCCGAAUUCGACAUUACAGAUGGGAAGUUAAGUACGAGUUCAAAUCGCCAGAUUGCUAUAGGAAACUAGUCAUCACCAUAAAUGGCAGAAGCCCUGGUCCGACGAUACGGGCUCAGCAAGGGGACACUGUUAUUGUUGAUCUCAAAAACAGUUUGUUGACUGAAAAUGUUGCUAUUCAUUGGCAUGGUAUUAGACAGAUUGGAAGUCCUUGGGCUGAUGGAACUGAAGGCGUUUCUCAAUGCCCUAUUUUACCAGGAGACACCUUUAGAUAUAUGUUUGUUGUUGACAGGGCAGGGACAUACUUGUACCAUGCCCAUUACGGAAUGCAACGAGAGGGAGGGUUAUACGGAUCGAUUCGGGUGGCGCUGCCUACCGGAGAAGCGGAACCCUUCUCAUAUGACUACGAUAGAAGCAUCAUUCUCAACGAUUGGUAUCACAAAAGCACAUAUGAACAGGCCGCCGGACUUUCUUCCAUUCCCUUCGUUUGGGUCGGCGAUCCUCAGUCUUUGUUGAUUCAAGGGAGAGGAAGAUUCAAUUGCAGUACCCCGGGGAUUGCAACCGGUGUUUGUAACGCCACAAAUCCUGAAUGCUCACCGUACGUUUUCACCGUGGUUCCCGGAAAAACUUACCGGCUCAGGAUCGGAAGUUUAACUGCUUUGGCUGCUCUCAGUUUCGAAAUAGAGGGGCAUAAUAUGACGGUUGUUGAAGCCGACGGGCACUAUGUCGAACCUUUCGUUGUUAAUAAUCUUUUUAUUUACUCGGGUGAAACUUACUCAGUUUUGAUUACCGCAAAUCAAGACCCAUCAAGAAACUAUUGGGCUGUGACAAAAAUGGUGAGUCGCAACAACACAACCCCAAAUGGUUUAGCCAUCUUUAAUUACUACCCGAACCAUCCCACAAAAUCCCCGCCAACGGUCCCACCAAGUGGACCGUUUUGGAAUGAUAUCGAGGCCCGGGUUAACCAAAGUCUUGCGAUCAAGUCGCACCCUAACUACAUACACCCAGUGCCUCAAACAUCGGAUAGAGUGAUUAUUCUUUUGAACACACAAAACCGAAUCAACGGGAGUGUAAAAUGGUCUAUUAAUAACGUCUCUUUUACCCUUCCUCAUACACCAUACCUCGUAUCACUCAAAGAAAACCUACUUCACACGUUUGAACAAACCCCGCCUCCUGACGUCAUCAACGGCUAUGAAAAUUACAACAUUAACGUUGUUGCUCCCAAUGUCAAUGCCACUUCUAGCAAUUCUUUGUAUAGACUAAAGUUUAAUACGACGGUAGACAUUAUUCUUCAAAAUGCAAACACGUUGAAUGUUAAUAAUAGCGAGACACACCCAUGGCAUCUACAUGGGCAUGAUUUUUGGGUUGUCGGGUAUGGAAGAGGAAAGUUUAAUGUUUCGGAGGACCCGAAGAGGUAUAACUUGGUGAACCCAAUUAUGAAGAACACAGUGCCAGUUCAUCCAUACGGGUGGACCGCUUUGAGGUUUAUAGCGGAUAACCCCGGUGUUUGGGCAUUUCAUUGUCAUAUUGAGUCCCAUUUUUAUAUGGGUAUGGGAGCGGUGUUUGAAGAGGGGAUUGACAAAGUGGCGAAAUUGCCCUCGUCUAUCAUGGGUUGUGGCGAUAGCAAAAGAUUUAUUAAGCCAUAGAUGUUAUUUAUACAUAUUGUUUCUGUGUAAAUAGCUAACUAAAAUUUGUAAGCCAUAGAUGUUAAUUUAUACAUAUUGUUUCUGAGUGAA